AUGGAUGUGGACGAGUUCCUUGAGAUACUGAAAGAAGAUGGUGGAGAAAAAGAUGAGACUGCCGACGAGAUGCGUAGUGCAUUCAAACUUUUUGACAAAGAGGGAAAAGGCUGGAUUACUGCAGAAAAUCUCAAGCAGGUUGCUCAAGAACUCGGAGAAGAGUUAAGCGAAGAAGAUUUGGAGGAAAUGAUUAAGGAAGCUAGCAAGGAUGCUGAGGGCCGUGUUGCAGAAGCUGACUUUUUCGCUAUUAUGAAAAGAACUUGCUUGUACUGA